CGCGCUGUGGCAUGGCAUCCUCACCAUGAAUUGUUAGCGAUUGCUCGAGAGGAUCAUCAUGUAUAUAUUUAUGAGCGCGAUAGUCAAAGAAACACCUGGCGUACACAAGUACUUGAACAUCAUUAUAUGGCGAAUAUAACUAGUUUGGAAUGGAAAAAAUAUAGUCAUGGCACUCUGGCAGUGGGAUGUCAAGCAGGUGUGUGUGUCUGGUUUCUGACUGACAGUCGCUGUGCUAAUCGCGAUAACCGUACUCUUUCUAAUGCAUAUAUGCAUUUUUUCAGCACUCCUGGACAUCGACAUAUUAGUUCGGUCGCUUGGGAUCCAUCACCUGGAAGUCAAGUCCUUGCCGCGGCCUCUGGCGUGGAUAGCACAUUGAUCAUGUAUGAUAUUAUGACAUUUAAUCAUACUCCUGUGAAACGAUAUGGAAAAGGCAAUACCCUUUUGAGCUGGAGUCCUGAUGGGAAAUAUCUAUAUGUGGCUAAUUUGAAUGGUAAAUCUCGGUUGUGGGAAACUAGAAAUUGGACAAACACAGAAAUACGAAACCCUCCUGGAUUAUGGGUGAAGUCUGCUUGUUGGGCACCAGAUAGUUGCAGUUUAUUUUAUUCAAUGGUUGGUAAACAAGACAUUCACGCUCUUUGUCUACCAACUAGCAAAUCUACUGCGUCAGGAAUGUGGGAUAUCAAAAUACUCGAAAUACCUCCAGCCGAAGUGACAAUGUCUAAUGAACAAAAAGUACCUAUUGGUGGAGUUAUCAAAGAAUUAGCUCUGGAUCCUAAUAAUGGAUGUCGUUUAGCAGUAUCGUUUGAACAUUGUAAUUAUGUGGCUCUCUAUAAAGUGAUGCCAUUGAAACAACCAAUGUCUUUAUCUCAAGGACAAGAGUUGACAUUGAUGUAA